ACGAGCUAUAAGUAUCAUGUUAUCUUUGGGUUUGCCUGGGGCUUCAUAUUGUGCAAUAUUAUUAUAAUUAUUCGUCACCCUCACGAGAUAUUUGAAGAGAACGUCAAUGAAUCUGGCAAAUCGUUACACAUGCACAAACACUGAUACGAACAGCACGGACUUUUAACUUUUUAAUCAGAUGAGAGUAAUAAGUCCUCAUUCCAGAAGAUCCCAUGUCAGCUUAUUAUGCUAGGCCUAGGCCUAAGACAUUAAUCAUCUCCUCUAAAUAGUAAAGUUGACCUAGUCCUAGAAAGUAGGACCAAUGUGUUAAGGUCUUGUUGGCCUAUUCAGUUGUUAUGAAAUCAAGUAAUCAAGGUUCAUGAAUUUGCAAAGCUUCUUCGUUUUUUUUCCAGCAUAUUUUGCGCAUAACUGCUUGCCGAAUAUUCCCGUAAAAACCCUUUUUUAAGCAAAACUCUUGAAAAUAUCAUCUGUUUGUAAAUUGUGUCCAGAGAUAAAUUAAUGCAACCCAAUAGCCUAAUAAUGACAUUUCAUUGAAGCGCAGCAUUGGGGGACAGGCAGGGUUAGGCCUAAAACAAAUCGGGAACAGCCUGACUUUGGUAAGAAACAGGAAAGGAUCAGCCUGCUGGUUACGUCAUAGGUCACAUGAUCAGUAAUGGUGGCCGUCUCCCUGUUAGUUUGUUGACACACGGGAGAAGUAAAAGAAUUGGGUGUGACUGAAUUCAGUGACUCAGUUGGUUAAUUCUACAAGUUUAUCAACAGUGAUCGUGGAUAUUAUCAGCAGGAGUUUAUUUUAAACAUGCAGUGCUACUGACUUGAUUUCCAUGAUGGGAGAAGCGGCCGGAGCGGCGUCUGCCACGCCUCAGUUAUCCCAGCUGGUUGUCACUGUGAAAUCAGCGAAGAUUACAACAGUUGGAGGUCUGUUUUCAUCUAAACCCGACCCCUACCUCGAACUGAGCGUUGAUGGACAACCUCCUCGAAAAACAGACGUUUGUCGGAAAACACUCAGUCCCAAGUGGGACGAUCAUUUCACAGUCCUGGUUACUCCAUACUCCAAAUUGGACUUGAAGGUGCUGAGCUCCAACAGUAUACGGACGGACACCAUCAUUGGCCAGGCAGUGCUUGACCUGCACCCUUUGCUGGAUAAGGAGAAUGGGAAAUUCAAGAAUCUGUCCCACAAUGUGGACCUGAAAGCAGAGGGUAAGAAGACGGGUGAACUGGGCAUCAUACUGAAUGGCCUGGAGGUCAAUAUGAGGAAUUUCCCCAAGAGGCCGAGGAAUGGCCCACGCGGAAGCACCACCAGCGUAUCGAAUGGGUCUGCCGCAGCUGCCUCGACGGCCUCUGCGGCCCAGUCAUCUUCUAGUGGCUCCCGUGGCCAGGGCAACGAGGGGAAGAGGCAGGCGCCACGCCCACCACCUGCGAGCAAUUCACAAGGAAGGUCCCCACCCCCUGUGCCCCCGCCCCCGAAUGUGGGUGGAUCCUCGCCUAGGACUGCCGCAGCUCCUGGCUCGACCUCGUCCAACAGCAAUGAUCCCCCUCCACCUGCCAUAGGCCCUCCCCCAGCAGACUCGAAUGUCCCGGGUACUGCCAAUGCUCAGUCUCCAGGGGGCACUGCUGCUGCCCCGAGCAACGAGCCCCUCCCCCCAGGAUGGGAAAUGAGAACUGACCAGCUUGGCAGACCGUACUAUGUUGAUCACAACACCAGGACAACUACAUGGGAGAGACCUCUGCCCUUGCCUAGAGGGUGGGAGCGUCGUACAGACGUGAGGGGGCGCACCUACUACGUGGACCACAACACCCGCACCACCACCUGGCAGAGACCCAACACGGAGUCGCUCAACAACUACGCCAACUGGCAAGAGUGGCGCGUGGGGCGCACCCUGGAACAGUUUGGUCAGCGCUUCCUCUACCCACAGCAGCAGAGCCCGGUUCAGGACAAUGACCCGCUGGGACCUUUGCCAGAAGGAUGGGAGAAACGCGUAGACAGCAACAACCGAGUGUACUUUGUGAAUCACCGCAACAGGACGACUCAGUGGGAGGAUCCCAGAACUCAAGGAAUUAUGCAAGAAGAUCCUCUCCCAGAGGGCUGGGAGAUGCGAUAUACGGCAGAGGGUGUUCGGUACUUUGUUGACCACAACACCAGAACAACAACAUUCCAAGACCCUCGAGGAGGACCCCAGAAAGGUCCCAAAGGUGCUUUUGGGGUGCCAAUUCAGUAUGAGAGAAGUUUCCGGUGGAAACUGGGUCAGUUUAGAUACCUGUGCCACUCAAACGCAUUGCCAGGUCAUGUGAAGAUUACAGUGUCCAGGGACAACCUGUUUGAGGACUCAUUUGCUCAGAUUAUGCGCUUGCAACCCUUUGACUUGCGACGAAGACUGUAUAUAAUAUUUAAGGGUGAGGAGGGUCUGGACUAUGGUGGUCUGGCCAGGGAGUGGUUCUUCCAUGUUUCUCACGACGUCCUCAACCCCAUGUACUGCUUGUUUGAGUACGCCAGCAACAGCAACUACAGCCUUCAGAUCAACCCGGCCUCCAGUAUCAACCCCGAUCACCUGUCUUACUUCAAGUUCAUCGGCAGGUUCAUCGCCAUGGCAUUGUACCACGGUAAGUUCAUCGACAGUGGCUUCACGCUGCCCUUCUACAAGAGGAUGCUGAGCAAGAAACUGACCAUCAAGGACCUGGAGACCAUUGACUCUGAGUUUUACCAGUCCCUACUGUGGGUCAAAGAAAACAACAUCGAAGAGUGCGGCCUGGAGCUGUUCUUUUGUGCAGACUUUGAGGUGUUGGGCAAGGUGGAGCAACACGACCUGAAGACUGGAGGCAGUGAUAUAAGAGUGACCGAGGAGAACAAGGAAGAAUACCUUGACCUGAUGACCAACUGGCGGUUCACCCGUGGUGUGGAGGAGCAGACAAAGGCUUUCCUGGCUGGCUUUAACGAGGUGGUGCCCCUCCAGUGGCUGCAGUACUUUGACGAGAGAGAAUUGGAGCUGAUGCUGUGUGGUAUGCAAGAGAUAGACGUGGACGACUGGGAGAAGAACACGACCUACAGACACUACCAGCGCAACAGCAAGCAGGUGGCCUGGUUCUGGAAGAUGGUUCGUGAAAUUGACAACGAGAAGAGAACUCGCCUCCUACAGUUUGUCACAGGAACCUGUCGACUGCCAGUUGGAGGAUUUGCCGAGCUGAUGGGGAGCAAUGGCCCCCAGAGGUUCUGCAUCGAGAAGGUUGGCAAGGAGACCUGGCUGCCCCGCUCACACACUUGCUUCAACCGGCUGGACCUGCCUCCGUACCGCAGCUACGAGCAGCUGGUGGAGAAACUCAACUAUGCCAUCGAGGAGACGGAAGGCUUUGGGCAAGAGUAGAGUGAGCGAAAGGGGGAGGGGGGAGAGGUGGAGAGCUCACACUUCCACAGUUGACUUACAACUAACGGGCCUGUUUUUUAAGGUAGUGAUAGAGGGAGGCAAAAUUUGCACGUGUUUGUGAUGUGAUGGUGGUGCUUGCAAUUGGAUGUGUUGAUGUUGGAGUGCGUGUGUGAACUUGUAUGCAUUUAGGAUGAUGGAUUUGUUUUGAAUGUGGAAACACCUGCAGGGGAUAUUUCCUCAAAUGGUAAAAUGACUUGUGAGCAUGCUGCUUGUGUUUUCAAAUGUGUUUGUUUGAACCGUAUUCUAUGCUCCUAAUAAAUUUUCUUUCAGGUAAAAAUGGAAAUUUUUCAUGUCGUCAUAGCAAUACUUAUAUUUUCAAAAUCUGAGAUAUAAUUCAUGCCGGCUCGAGACGUUUCCUGUACAUUGCUUGGAAAUCAAGAUAUUUCUCUCCUUCAUUAGGAUAGAUAUUCUAAGUUUAAAACAAUGUUUGGAUUCUGACUGAAUUUCAUUGAAUGGCUCAUUCGCUAGCGAAAA